UGAGAUUCCUUACCACAUCCUCGAUGAAAUGGCAGCAGCGGCGCAGGCUUCGACCAGCAAGCAUGCAUUGGUCGUAGGAGGGGCAGGCUUUCUUGGCUCCGCAAUUACCAAACGCCUCGUUUCUCAAGGCCACACAGUCACCUCCAUCUCACGGUCAGGCCGGCCCUUCCUCACACCCUCAGGUCAUCGCCCAGCAUGGUCGACAUCACCGCGGCUGAAAUGGAGAGCGGCAGAUGCUCAUAGCCCGCAGUCGUAUCGUUCCAUCCUGGCAGGCGAAGAGACUGGAGUUCCACCCGUCUCCGCAAUUGUGUCCACGAUGGGCAUCCUCCUCGAGGGAAAUUACAAGGGGUCGUCUUCCAGCUUAGAGGGGACUGCAAAGGCGCUAAUGAAGGGUUGGGGCGUGGGAGGAAGUAAUCCGCUGCAAGAAGAGGGUCAGGGUGGAGGCGGGCCGACGUAUGAGCAGAUGAACAGGGAUGCAGCCCUCUCAGUCGCCUCGACGUGGCGAGAAGUCUUGAGCAGCGCAACUAGCUCGCAGCCCCUCCCACCCUUCGUCUUCAUCUCUGCGGAGGAUAUCUUUCGUCCCAUUGUCGAUGAAAGAUACAUCCUCACCAAGCGACAAGCAGAACAAGGGCUACGAGAGCUCAGCUGGGUCACACAGCAGGAGGCGGCUAGCUCCCCCUCCUCCUCACCGGGCACGGCAGACGCGGAUGGUGCUGGCCUGGACGACGAGCUCCGUCAAUCACGCCGUCAGGUCUUCCGCAGCAUCGCAAUCCGUCCGGGUCUCAUGUAUCACCCGCAUACUCGCCCCCUCUCCACCUUACCUGCCGCUCUCCUGGACCUGUCCUGCGCCGUCCACUCCUCGCGGCUCGCUAGCCUCCUACCCGCCACGCCUGCGAGCGUCCUGGCGGGUGUUCUAGGUCAGCAACCUCUGGCGAGGCUACUCACCCUCAGCCCGCUGCAUAUCGAUACGGUGGCCAAGGCUGUGAGUGAGGCAAUAAUGAGGGACGGGCUCGAGGGCGUCGUCGACACGCAGGGAAUCAAGGCGUUGGCUGGGUGGAAGCAGAGCGAGGCUGAGGUACAGAGUGGGAGGUCUGCUUGGGCUGAGAGCAGGAUGUGAGGUCGCGAUCCCGAUGAAGCAUUGUGAGAUUCUUGUAAUAUUAGCAAUUCCCCUUCAAUGUCUCGAGUGAUGGCU